CAGGGGCGGACUGACCAUUUGGAAACUCGGGCACUGCCUGAGGGCCCGGGGUCAGUAGGGGGCCCCAUGAGAUGUCCCUGGUACCUUUUUCAUAGGCUUUUUUUAGUUUGGGCAAGGACACAGGGGCCCCAUGAUCCCCUAUUGCCCGAGGGCCCCAUGAGUUGUCAGUCCGCCCCUGAGCGAAUUCCCAUUAGUGCAGUCCAAGCUGGUGCGGUGGCUAGCACUAGUAGCGGUCAGUAGGGGGCCCCAUGAGAUGCCCCUGGUACCUUUUUCAUAGGCUUUUUUGAGUUUGGGCAAGGACACAGGGGCCCCAUGAUCCCCUAUUGCCCGGGGGCCCCAU